CAUCUGGAAAGGAAUUUCUUGAGUUUGUCAUCUGCACCGCUACCCUCACUAGGUAACAUGCCCGAACUUCGCGAUGGACAGUUUAGGGUUCAAGAUGGCGUGGCCAACAGGGUCAUUUGGUUCGCACGACGACAGCUCCUCGUGGAAUUUCCUACGAACUUUUACUUUCCCUUUUGUUGCUCCAACCAGAGCUGGAACUGCGUCCAACAUGUGCCCAGCGCUGUCGUCUUACCAGGAUGCCUCGUGGAAUGGAGAAGAAUGUCCAACAAGGCUUCCAUCGUGGCCAUGGAUCGACUCCCCAUGGAACGAGAACCGGCUGGCAAAACCUCCCUAACGAGCUUCGAAUCAUGAUUUUCUCCAUCUUACGCGAAUCCGAGCGGACACACAUCACCAACUACGUGACCACUUGCAAGCAAUGGCAAAGAUGGUUCGAACCAGAGAGCUUUCACACUAUUCACCUCGAUCAGCACAAGUUACCUCACCUAGAAAGCGUGAUUGGCGACCGCAACCACCGCCAGCUGUACGUCCAGAAGAUCAGUUUCGUCGCUAAGCUGUCGACAUACGACUGCAGCGAGUGCAUGGAGGAAGAGGACGAGGACACUGCAUUCACCAACAGCCAAAUUCUCUUCAGAGGGAUGCGUGAUCUGUUUGCUGUGCUGUCGAGCUGGUCUGUCGAGGGACGAGGAGGAAUUUGUCUCGAGAUCGGUGCCAGGUCACCAAGCGACGCCCAGCAUGGGUUUCGAGAGUAUCGCUUCGAAAAGUCGAGCCAGAUGCAAGGCCCUCAGUCCAAGCAGUUGUACAAGAAGCAUUUGCAAAAGGUCCGGGAUGCUUCUGAUGCUUGCCCUUCCUGGAACCUGGUGCGCCGAGGCGCACACGCCCCUUAUGGCGCCAAACGUAGGGUCCUCUCUACCUUGCUGAGUCCAGCGGCGGGCAACUACCCUAUCUUCUUCGGAUCAGAUAACAACGUACCUCAGAAGUGGUAUCGAUUCCCACGUGUAGAGGUGAUUUCUACUCUGCAGGUGCGGAGACAUGGUUAUCGCCGCAUAGCAUUUGCCUUCCUCCGAGAGCUCGCUAGUGGAAAUAUGCCCAACCUCAGGACAGUACGGUACGAGAGAUGGCAUCACCCAGUCGACCCUUACCCGACACCACGUGCCAUGAGGAAUCUGGACAUCAUGGUAAACCGCGGUCUGGAGAACUUUAGUGUCUUCUGUGAUCACGGUGAGCCGAUCAAUCAAGAAGCUCGACUCGACAAUGGUGUUCAUCUGUCUUCCCAAUCGGGCUAUGGAAUGCCUAUGCACAUUGUCUUCACAAUAUGCCGUCUUCGUCGCGUAUGCCUCUCUUUUGUAAUAGAGCCGGAAGACUUUUUCUGGGCAGCACGGCGGAUAUGGUCUUCCGCGAAGAACAAAGCAGAGUGCUUUCCAAAUCUGGAGUCGUUGUCCAUGACCUGCGGCUUGUUCUGCUUGAAGGACUCGAGUGCCCUAUCGGAUACCCUCGUGGAUGCCUCCGACGCGUUGUAUCUCAUGCCGAAACUCAAAAGCGUGACGCUGUGGAACGGCGGGAAGAGAUGGGGCAGCUACUUGCACCUGGACAACACGAGAGGGCCCGAUGGCCUGCGGAAACCAUCCGUCACCUACGCGAGCACCCGUGACCUGACGACAUCGGCAGUCAUAUCGGCAUGGAAGGCCAGUUUUGAGAAGAAUAGACCUGGGGAGGGGUGCCUACAAGAGGUGACCGAGAAGCUGGACAAGCGCGACAUCCAGUGUGCCGCAGGCAUGUUGGAUCAGCUUCCCGAUUCGAGCUUGAUACUCACCGAGCAAUCAAAGGCCGAAAUGCAGCUCGAAGGAACAGCCCGGAAUGCGUUUGAAAGAAUUGGGUCCAUAGGGCCAUCGGCCACGGUGCCGGCAUUGUUCUCCCUGAUUCUGACCGAAUCAGCGCGGCUAUUACCAUCGAAUCUGGGAUAAUUGUGCGAAAAUAACUCGAUACCUAUGCUGGGCAAUAAUGAGGCUGAAUUGCAAGUGUCAUACUUUUGUAGGAAGAUAUGGCAUUCAACAUAUUCAAUUCUAUCCCGGUCAACGCCCAUAUUCUGGAAUCAGGGUCAGA